AAAAAAUCCAAAUCUAAAAACGACUCUAAAGUAGAAAAAAAAGAAAAAAAACAAACUAAAUAUCAAAAAUUCGUCCAGGAUAAUUUUCAUAAUUUGAGAGAAAAAUACGAAACAAACGGUGAAACUUUGAAGGCUAUUGCUGAAAUGUGGAAAACCAGUUCAGAAAAUCCAAAAAAUGAAUCGGGUUUUAUUGAAAAUAUAAAUUAA